UUGCCAUCAGAAGACCCAUAUUCACUACUCAGUCUUUAUACCAUCAGUGCAUUCACUGAUUUAACUCUACAUUUUUCAUAUAACUGCCACUUAAACUGCAUACCUCCCCCCAUGCCUCGUCACACAUGCGCUUUCCUGCCAAACAUAGAGACCACCCUCCACUCCAUCCAGCCCCCCCUACUCCCCUCCUCCUCCUCUGUCUCCACUGGGGACCAAGGAGAUUUUCAACACUUGCCACGGCAGCUCACACUGGGCAGCACCACAAAGACUCAGUGAGCCCUCACAUCGCCUGGACGCUUGACAGAAACCUCAGCUGACAGGCAAUCUCAGACUUCGGUAGGGACAUCUCGAGAAAGUGGAAAAGUGAGGCAGAGAGAAAUAAAACGGAAGUGCUUUGUGGACUAUCCCUUCAAAAUAAAUAAGGGUUUGAAUCUGCAACCCAAACACUUUUUAUACAUCUUGCUGCUCUAAAACAGCAUCAGCAUAAUGGAAGAAGACAUGGAUGAGGGGCAGACCCAGAAAGGAUGCCUUGAGUGCUGCAUCAAAUGCCUGGGUGGAAUCCCAUACCCAUCUCUUAUAGCCACCAUCUUGCUGUAUGCGGGCGUGGCUCUGUUCUGCGGCUGCGGACAUGAGGCCCUGUCUGGCACCGUCACCAUCCUCCAGAAUUACUUUGAGGUGGUGCGGAGCCCUGUGGAUGCACUGGAUGUCUUCACCAUGAUUGACAUUAUCAAGUAUGUCAUCUAUGGCAUUGCUUCAGCCUUCUUUGUGUAUGGUAUCCUGCUGAUGGUGGAGGGCUUCUUCACCAGUGGAGCCAUCAAAGACCUGUAUGGAGACUUCAAAAUCACCACCUGUGGACGCUGCGUCAGCGCUUGGUUCAUCAUGCUGACAUACAUCUUCAUGCUGGCUUGGCUGGGAGUGACUGCUUUCACCUCCCUCCCAGUCUUUAUAUACUUCAACAUCUGGAAUAUUUGCCAAAAUGCUACGGUGCUAGAGGGGGCCACACUCUGCCUGGACCCACGCCAGUAUGGUAUUGUGCCAAUUGCUGAGGCGAAAACAGUAUGCGCUGGAACAGAGAAAUUCUACAAGAUGUGUGAAUCCAAUGAGUUGGACAUGACUUUCCACCUGUUCAUCUGCGCCCUUGCUGGAGCAGGAGCUGCUGUUAUUGCUAUGAUCCACUACUUGAUGGUCUUGUCUGCCAACUGGGCCUACGUGAAGGACGCCUGCCGAAUGCAGAAGUACGAGGACAUCAAGUCGAAGGAGGAGCAGGAGCUUCACGACAUCCACUCCACUCGCUCCAAGGAGCGUCUCAAUGCCUACACAUAAAAAUCAGCGUGAGGCCUGGCCCUGCCACUCCGGCCUCUCUCCCUCUCGCUCUCUCUUCUGUCUUUCUAUCUGUCUCUCUCUACCAUCCCCUCCUGAGGGGGGGGCGGAUGGCGCCUAGGGCCCUCGCCACCGCUGAUGUCACUGGUGCGUCAUAUGACAAUGUGGUCUGGGGGGGAUGUCACACAAACCUCCUCAGUCACAAACAGCAUUUCAGAUGAAAAAAAGCCCCUUUACCUCUCUCAUGGAUGGUGUUAUGAUUAUCAUUAUGGCAGUUACAUUAUUCUUGAUACAAGUUGUUUAGUGCUGAAGCUAGUUUUAGCAUAGUUUGUAGAAUCAGACGUAGCAGUAGUAUCUCAGCUUUUUUCACUUUGAAUAAUUUGCUUAGGAUUUUUUUUCUUUUCUUUAGUAUUUUUUAAUUUCUAUUUGAUGCUAUGUGUCAUUUUGCUCCAAUGUAUAAUUUAUUUUUUGCUGAUUUUGGAGAGGGUCAACAGGGGCUUAAAAAGGUUUUCAAGCACAUUUCUCAUGUUGGGUGUCUUGAGAUUUCAUGUUCGAGAACUAUGUACUGUAUGUGAAUGGGUGGUAAGUUUUAAAAAUAUUUCAAAUCUCACAACGCAACCAUGAAGCGCCAUAAACCUUUGUCAUCUCGGUAUCCCCAGGGAUUAAAAUGCUUUCACAUGAAAGCAAUUUAAUCUGUUUUUCUAGUUGAAGUUAUACAACAUCAAGACAACACAAUGAUAAAUACCAAAUCAAUAGAGCAAAGCCAAUAUUUGCUAGAUGUGCCAAGCCUGUUAAACAGGAAACAAUGACUUUGAUAGAUAUCAAAGACACGAUUAGCAGAUUAAAAAUAAAUUGCAGAUUAUUUUAUGAUAAUCUUGCCAAUUAAUUGUAUUUUAGGACUGUGAAUGAUUCCAUUGUCUUUGAAUCACAAGCAACAAAAAGCACAUGCAACAUCCCUUCAUAAACCCUUUUUUCAGUUUCUUAUCAAUGAAACUUUAUUAACACAAAACUCCUGUUUUUGCAGAACACUGCACUGUAUAUACUGAUAUAUCAAAGCAUACCUAUAUGUUAAGCACUGACAGUUAAGGAUAAUUCAUGUGAGAAUAAGAUGAGAUUACUGUGGGUCAGUUUCAACUGAAAAGAAAUCCUGACAAUAAAAAAAACAAAACUUUUUGGUGCAAUGGCACUCCUCGGUGGAAUUAUCAGAUGUGAGAAAAGUGUGUGUCACAGUAAUUUUGUUCAUGACUGUACUGAUUACACAUCCCAAUUCCAUAUUAUGGCAACCAUGGGCUGUCAGUUCAUCGCCUGGCAAAAUUUGUUUCGUCAGCAUCUCCAGAAGCUACUUCCAUGCACUUAUCUGACCAUUUCUGUGCUCUCUCUAGAUGUAAGCGCAUUGGUGUUCAACUCAAAGUUGGAUAACUGUACUGUUAAGUAAAGACUGUGAAUUUAGAUGUUUUUGUGGCAUGGACAUGCAUUAAUAUAGUCUUAUCGACUCAAAAGUUACUUUAUUUCACUUUAUUUUUACACUUCUGACUGUCUUGCUGGAUCAACCCUUUGUUUAUAUGUGCAGUACUAAACCUCCCACGCUUACCGCAUUAUGCUACUGAUGUUAGAGACUGUAGUCUUUGAGUUGUGUCUAUUUAGUUUGUGAUGAGCUUUCAACCAUGUCUUGAUACUAAUACUCGUACCAACGUUGCUUACUCCGUAAUGAUCUCAAAAAAUGCUUUCAGCUUUCUCCUCGUAUUAUUCUUUUGUAUUUUCACUACGAAUGCUUAGUAGCAGGCUUUAAACUGAAUCUGUUUUGUACAUUCAUGUGCCAACAGCUUGAAGUGGCUUAUUUGACCUGUAUGAUCAAAUUUGCUUGUAUUAAUAAAAUUCACUUGUGUACUUGUUAAUAAAUAUUUUAUGUCU